CGAUGUGCUCACAUCAUAAACUUGUGCCUCACGGGUAUUUUCCAAGCCACUUCGGAAAUGCUUCUUUAUAGAUCUGGCGGAAAAGGUUCAAUGCGUUAUAUUUUCAUCCAUGGGAACCAUGAAAUUGGCUCUUUCUCUGAUGAGGUGACUGUGGAUGCAAAAAUUGUGGUUUUCACUGGACGAGGCAACAUGUACGUAAAUGGUUCAUGGUUCUUUAUGUUGUACACAGGAAGUACUGACAAAACGGGUAGAUUAUACGGCGAUAACGUCGAUAAUUCCUCUACGAAGUAUUCGUUCAGCAAUGGAGUCUGUACUCUCGUUGAUGGCCAACCUAAUAAGUUUGUUCCUGCUCGGGACUUCACUGAACCGCUUUUGAAAAACGUUUCCAUUCCCACCCUUAUUAUGGGAGAAAUCCCUACCGAUCAAGUCGGCUUUUCCUCAAAAUCGCAGGACGAUGUUCUUUACCUGUACGAAUUAACAGUAAUGGUAUAUGGCAGAAGUGACCGUGCACUUUGCAGUCUCAACGACAGAGCCUACCUUGGCAAAACAAUGCGGAGCUUUGUGCCGUACUUUGUUCAGUCAAUGUCUAUUAUAAGUGACAGUUACCUCCCAGGCGAUGCACAGACUUUGUGUAAAAUAAUUACACGUGAUCUGAAGCUGAAAGCAGAUGAGAAGGAUCUGAAUGAGUUUAUCGAAGUAUAUCGGAAUCGAUACUUCCGUAAUCCUUCCGUACCGAAAGAGGCUAUUCUUGAAUCAUGCUUGCUUAACAUUGUCAAAAUGCCUUUCGACCUCAAUUCUUCCAUCAGGCAUGGUUUAAUUAAGCAAUGA